AUGUCGACAUCAGGUCCAACAUCGCCGCCGAAGUCCGUAUCCCCUAAACCAGUAUCCCCUAAACCAGUAUCCCCUAAAGCCGCUUCACCGACAAGCGCAGCUGCUUCUCCCCCGCCAGCGGCACUGGAUGUUACCGUUCAGGGCGAUGUUACUACCACAUUACACCCUGAACUGGAGGCCGAGACCUAUACCGAGUCGGCGUACAGUGAAUCUGAAGUAGGGAGUUAUACGACCAGCUUGUCAAGUUCGGUCAUGCACUAUCGUUUUGAGAAUGGCAGACGAUAUCAUUCCCAGUCAAUGACUGACACAAACUACUUUUUACCGAACGACGAGGCGGAGAAUGACCGGCUGGAUCUGAAUCAUCAUGUCAUGUUUCUUAUUCAGAAGGGAAAAUUACACGCAGCGCCGCUUAAAGACCCCCAGAGGAUUCUUGAUGUUGGGACUGGAACUGGUAUAUGGGCAAUCGAAAUGGCGGAUGAAUAUCCUAUGGCAAAUGUUGUUGGCAAUGAUUUGAGUCCUAUUCAGCCGCGAUGGGUUCCGCCAAAUCUCACUUUUGAGGUCGACGAUGUUGAGAAGGAAUGGACACACAAACCAGACAGCUUCGAUCUUGUCUAUAUCCGCUAUAUGGUCGGUUCAAUUAAGGAUUGGCCGAAGUUAUUAAAGCAGGCGUAUACAGCCGUUAAGCCCGGUGGCUACGUUGAGCUUCUCGAACCCGACUCCACACUCCGUUCCGACGACGGGUCUUUCCCUGAAGAUUCGGCCCUCGCUGAAUGGGGAAGACUAUUCACUGGUGGUGCCCGUGGCAUCGGUGCACCCUUAGACGAUACGCCGAAAUUCUCGGACUACCUCCGCGACGCUGGAUUCACCGAUAUUAGUCGAGAAAUCUUCAAAUUGCCGAAUUCUCCAUGGGCUAAGGAUGCGCAUAUGAAAGAAGUCGGUGGAUAUCAAAUGGCUGCCUUUAUUGAAGGGUUGGAGGCGCUUAGUUUGUUCUUUUUUACGACGGUGCACGGGAUGAGUGUACCAGAGAUUGAGAUUCUCUUGGCGCAGGUGAGGAAGGAUAUGAAGAAUAAGGCUAUCCAUACAUACUUUAACUUGUUCCGAUACGUGGCGAGGAAACCUGAGACAGCUUGA